AUGGGUCCCUGGAUCUUUGCAUUCAGUUUGUCAUCUAGCUCUGUACGAGACAUUUAUUCUGGCAAAAUUAGUCCAAAAUUCAUUCAUCAGAAGUUUGAAGAUGACAGGAUCAGCCAAGUACUGAGCAGGGACUGGCAGCAGCACAGCAGCAGCACGCCCCUACUCACCAUACACAACCGGCAGAUCAGCUGGACUCUGCUGCUGGUACUAGGGUAUCUCUUUUACCUUCUCCUGGGCGCUAUGGUGUUCCAGCUGCUGGAAAAGCAGGCAGAGACCCACUUUCGGGACCAGUUCCAGCUGGAGAAGCUCAAGUUCCUGCAGAACUACACAUGCUUGGACAGGCAAGCCCUGGAGCAGUUUGUACAGGUCCUCAUGGAAGCAUGGGAAAAAGUGAUCAACCCAGAAGGAAACUCUACGAAUCCCAGUAACUGGGACUUCAGCAACUCCUUUUUUGCAGGAACUGUUGUCACCACUAUAGUUCCACUAGACAACUGCUCAGUGCUGUUUAGCUGUCAUCUUCCUUUUAUCUUUCAAGUGGUUCAAACACUGACAGUGGCAAUCUUCCUGACCACUAGGACCUUGCUUUUUCUAGUGUCCCCACCAUAGGUCUUCAGUUAUGUAGAAGGCUGGAGCUACGGAGAAGGCUUUUACUUCACCUUCAUCACCCUGAGCACCAUUGGAUUUGGGGACUAUGUAGUAGGCACAAACCCCAACAAGCACUAUAACCCAGAGUACAGGAGCCUAACUGUGAUAUGGAUUGUUUUUGGCUUGGCCUGGCUAGCUCUGGUCUUCAAUGUGGGAGCUGAUUUGAUGGAAAAAUUCCUUCAGCUAAAGUGGCACAAGCCUGACUUAAGCUUGGCAGAAGGACCCACCACCAAAUUGGAAGAUGAACCUGAGCAGCCUAGAAUCCACAUCCCUAGCUGA